CUAGUAUUUUUAAAGGAAGAUGACGAAGGGAAUAUUCACGACGAGACUGGAGCUGAAGCAAUGGACAAUGUUGAUGAGAAGCCUGAUCUAAACGCUUCAAUCCAAUUAGUCAAUCUUGAUUCUUACCUAAAGAAAGCGCUAAGUUUCCCACCAACGAUAAAUAUAUUGGACAAAGCGAAGAAGAAAUAG